UUACCGCCACCAUUAUAAAAGGCAGUCUGAUCGACUCUCACACUUUUAGCUGCAAAAAACACCUACAAGCGGCACCUUAACAAUCUCUUGCUCUAAUACUCUCGCUCUCUCUCUCUCUCUCUCUCUCGCCGGAAUACAAAACUUUCCGGCACUAACAAGAAAAACGCAAAGGUGUCUACCCGGCUGGUCGCGGCGUGAUGGGAUCUUGUAUCUGUCCACUUGAGACUCCGGCGAGGUUACUCUGGACUACCAGUUUUUUUCGCCACAAGCUCAUGCUUUUCUAAUUUAUAUGAUAACCCUAUAUAUAUAUUUUCAUACACAUAUAAGUUCAACGAUAAGACAAACAUCUUGACCUUUCUGUUAGUUUUUGUGUCUCUGUGUUUGGAGAUCUGACACAAAGAUAUACAGAUUAAGCACACGUACUUGUAAGAUAAAAGUGAAAAGACAUGGAUCAGUCUGGACGCCUUCUCUUCAAUCCCUCGGCCUCUUCUUGCCACGGCGGGAACAUGUUGUUCCUCGGGAACUGUGAUUCCGUUUUUCGAGGUCCAAGAUCAAUGUUCAAAAUGGAGGACACUUCCAAGAAGAGACCAUUUUUCAGCUCACCGGAAGACUUUUUUGACGAUGAAUAUUAUGAUGAGCAGUUGCCGGAGAAGAAGCGCCGUCUCACUUCGGAGCAGGUGAAUCUGUUGGAGAAGAGUUUUGAGGAAGAGAACAAGCUGGAGCCAGAGCGAAAGACCCAGUUGGCCAAGAAGCUGGGGAUGCAGCCCAGACAGGUGGCUGUGUGGUUCCAAAACCGCCGCGCCCGUUGGAAGACUAAGCAGCUUGAGAGGGACUAUGACGUUCUCAAAGCUUCUUAUGAUUCCCUUCUCUCUGAUUUUGACAAUACUGUCAAGGAAAAUCAGAAGCUUAAAUCUGAGGUUGUUUCUUUGACUGAAAAGCUGCAAACCAAAGAAUUGACCGGAGCAACAAUUCCAGGACAAGAACCGGAGUCUCUUCCGGCGGUUACAGCGAAUGCAUCUGCUUUUGAGCUCAAUGUGAAGGUUGAGGACCGGCUCAGCUCUGGAAGCACUGGAAGUGCAGUGGUAGAUGAUCAGGACAGUCCACAGCUUUUGGACAGCGGGGAUUCAUUCUUUCAGAAUGAUAACUACGCUGGAUGUGUAAUCCCAGCAGAUGGCAUUCAGUCAGAGGAGGAUGACGGAAGUGAUGAUGGCCGGAGCUACUUCUCCGAUGUAUUUGUUACGGCUGGGCAGCAGCAGCAUGAGGUGGAAGAGCCUUUGGGAUGGUGGAUGUGGUCUUAAGGAGCUUUUCUUUAACUUGUUACAAUAGUGUUCAGUUGUGAACCUCCUACUUGCAAAUGGAAAUUCAAAAGAAUGAAAAUAAAAGAAACAAAGAAAAGAAAAGAAAUUCAAGAUGGUAAAUGGCCAGUUGGGUGGCUGGGAUCCUUGAAAGGGAUUUAAGGGCCAAGUUCAUGAAUAAAAAUUUGAAGUAUUGAGGUCAAA